AUGCGCUCCUCCUCUUUGCUGCGGUGCUCCAACCUGCGCACCAUCGGCUUGGAUGGGGGUCACACCCACACAACAGCAGCGGCGAUCAAAGUCACCUUCGCGGAGCAGACACACUCCUCCCUCCCUGAAACCGGCGGCGAUGCAGCAACGCUCCGGCAGGUGAAGGGCGCCUGCGAUGCCCUGCGCAGCCGCUCUAGCACAGCAGCCCUAGGUGCUGGCGUGGCGGUCCCCUGCACCGACGCGGGCACUGGCGUUUCCAAGAUUGCCGCGUCGAUCUCGAAGCGCACGCACAUCCGCGAAGAGCGCUACAACAGCGGCGGGCGCCGCGGAGGCGCGUACACCGGCACGUGGGACUACGGUUCCGGCCAGCACUACGCCAACGAAUCCACGCGGAACUUUUAUCGCCGCUACAGCGCCAACUACUAUGACCCGAGAUCGACCGGCUUCACGCGAGAGGAGGUGGCUCAUGCGGAGCGGGUCAUGCGGCUGCACAGGCUGAAGGCCAUCUUGUGGAGCUGCCUCGUGUACGGGAGUGCACUCUAUCUGCUGCUUGAGUUUUGGCGCGGUAGGGUUGCAAAGAGGAUACAAGACAGCGAUGAGCCGUCCUAUCGGCAGCUGGGAAAGGCACGACGACACGAUCAGCUCCCUCCGAUGCGGCUGCAGCUACCGCCGAGGUUGACGGAAGUGCAAACACCUCGAUACCUGACGGAGUGCAAUGAGCGUUCACGACAUCGAGAGCUUGCUGCGGAUGACGGAUGCGCUGCGCCUUCCUGUGAGAGUGUGCCCUCUGGCACGCAGCCGAGGCCCCUUAGCGUGUCUGCAACGCGCCGUGCCGUGGGUCUUGACGGGGGAGAUGAGGAUGACGAUGACCAUGAUGAAAGCUAA